AAUAGAAAUUCAUGAUAGCGGAUUUAUUCGUUUUCUCAAUUCGAUAUCGUUUUUAUUAAAUUUCUUAAAUUAUUAAUAUAAAAGGGAUGAAUAUUUUAGAAAAACAAACAAUAUGGCUUUAAAAAAGGUUAAAGGUAACUUUGAAAGGAUGUUUGAUAAAAAUCUCACGGAUUUAGUGCGUGGGAUCCGAAAUAACAAAGAUAAUGAGGCAAAAUAUAUAGCACAAUGUAUGGAAGAAAUCAAGGUGGAAUUACGACAAGAUAAUAUAGGAGUGAAAGCGAAUGCCGUCGCGAAACUAACAUAUCUCCAAAUGCUUGGAUAUGAUAUAUCUUGGGCAAUUUUUAAUAUUAUAGAAGUUAUGAGUUCAAAUAAGUUUACUUUCAAAAGGAUUGGGUAUUUAGCUGCUAGUCAAUCAUUCCAUGCAGAUUCUGAGUUACUUAUGUUAACUACUAAUAUGAUAAGAAAAGAUCUGAAUGCUCAAAAUCAAUAUGAAGCUGGACUUGCUUUAAGUGGGCUAAGUUGUUUUAUUUCUCAUGACUUGGCAAGAGAUUUAGCUAAUGACAUCAUGACACUGAUGAGUUCAACUAAGCCUUACCUAAGAAUGAAAGCAGUGUUGAUGAUGUAUAAGGUAUUUUUAAGGUAUCCAGAAGCACUAAGGCCGGCAUUCCCUAAACUUAAGGAGAAAUUAGAAGAUCCAGAUCCUGGUGUACAGUCGGCAGCAGUGAAUGUAGUGUGUGAAUUAGCAAGAAAGAAUCCUAAAAAUUAUCUAUCUUUAGCUCCAGUGUUCUUCAAACUGAUGACAACGUCUACUAAUAAUUGGAUGUUGAUAAAGAUUAUCAAAUUGUUUGGUGCCUUGACCCCAUUAGAGCCUCGACUUGGCAAGAAACUGAUAGAACCAUUAACUAAUUUAAUUCAUAGUACGUCGGCUAUGUCGUUAUUAUACGAAUGCAUCAACACGGUGAUAGCAGUGCUGAUAAGCAUCAGUAGUGGAAUGCCAGGGCAUACUGCAUCAGUUCAGCUGUGUGUGCAGAAAUUAAGAAUACUCAUUGAGGAUAGCGAUCAGAAUUUGAAAUAUUUGGGCCUAUUGGCUAUGUCGAGGAUACUAAAAUCUCAUCCGAAGUCGGUGCACGCUCACAAAGAUCUAGUAUUGGCCUGCCUAGAUGAUAAGGACGAGUCUAUAAGACUUAGGGCUUUGGGACUGUUAUAUGGAAUGGUAUCGAAGAAGAAUCUAAUGGAAAUUGUGAAGAAAUUAAUGGCCCAUAUGGAACGAGCGGAGGGGACGCUGUACCGGGACGAAUUGUUGACACGAAUGAUAGAGAUAUGUGCGCAGAAUAAUUACCAACACGUCGUUGACUUUGAGUGGUACGUCACAGUACUCGCUGAACUCACGGAGAUGGAGACCAGCUCGAAACAUGGAUGCAUGAUAGCAUCCCAGUUGACAGAGGUGGGCGCGCGCGUGGCCGACGUGCGUGCGUUCGCAGCGCGCGAAUGCAGUGCUAUGUGCGCUCGCUCAGCGGCCACGCCCCCCGGCCCCGCCUCUAGGGAGGUUCUAUAUGCGGCCGCAUAUGUUCUCUCUGAAUAUUGCACUGAGGAAUCGGUCAUGCGCGAGUCGAUAUCGUCGGUGCUUGGAUGCGCACGUACGGGCGGCGGGGCGAUGCGUGCACGUGCCGUCUGCGUACACGCCGCCAUCAAGCUCAUUGCGAAACUGUUGUUGCUCUACGAGCAGAGAGGUGAUCGGGAUAGUGCUAUCAAUGUGAUACAAGAAGCUAUAUCCAAUCUGACGCCUCUGUUGUGUAGUGAGGAUAUGGAAGUACAAGAAAGGGCGCACAAUGCUACGGCCCUAUUAACAUUAUUAAUGAAACGGAUUGACCCAACGGCUGACUUAAAUGAGAUCGUCGAUACGUUGGUGGAACAUGACAGUAACGGUGUAUCAAACGAAGUGGAGCUAAACGGCGAGACCGGGAACUUCAGCAAUGGGCUGAUAGAAGAGUUUGCGAGUUUAUUCGAAGGAGAACUUAAGCCCGUCGCCCCCAAAGCGCAGAAGAAAGUGCCGAUGCCUGCCGACCUGGACCUAUCCCAAUGGCUGUCACAUGAGCGCUGGUCAUCAGACAGUUCCAGCUCCGAAGACGAGUGCAGUGCAGUCUUCACCGUGCCACAGCCUGAUGCAAGGCCCGUCACGCAUCUAACGCAGGAUGAACUGGAAAUGCUUCGCGAAGCCCGAAGACAGGAGCAAGCGAACAAUCCCCAUUAUCUCAAAGAUGACUCUCCGCGCUCGUACCAACAAGAUGACAUCCCAAUCGCUGAGAUCGCACUAGAAGUGCCCUUACAGGUGCAAUCUAAACGAUCUGACAAGUACUUAGUUUUGAGAGAGAGUUCCAAGAAGACAAAGAAAGAGAAGAGACAGACGAAGAAACGCAAGAGCAAGCAGAAACAUACCACCGAAUCUGACAGCGAUGAUGGUGAGGCAGCCUUGUCCCGACGUCCAGAGGUGGAGACUGGGGGCGAACUCCCGGAGGGGGCUGCGCUCUCAGACGAAGACACCCAACCCACGGCAUCCGACCCUCACCGGGCCUUGGAUUUGGAUCUUGAUGUCCCGCUACGCGAUGAAGAGUUACUCGUUACGAGAGUGAAACAAUACCCGGCGCCGGGAGAGAAAAUCACAUUAGAAAAAGCGAAGAAAGAGAAGAGAACAGAGAAGAAGAAGAGAUCCAAACCCAAAACUGAGGAUUUAAUACCGAUAACUGAUGUAAAUAAUGCAACGGACAAGACUGAUAAACACAAGACCAAGACCAAGAAAGAUAAGGAUUCCAAGAAGAAGAAAUCUAAAAAAGACAAACACGGAACAAAACUCGGUUACGAAGAAGCCUUAGGCAUAUCCACGCCAAGCAAGGAAGUUAUUUAGUAUUAUUUAUCCAGUGCAAUUUUAUAAAGCAUUUCUAAAUGUAAAUAAUAUAUUAAUAUCGGCAAAUUUAAACAAAUAUUGUUUCUCAAAUAAGUUUCAUGAAGUUUGUUUGAUAAUGUUGUGUAAACUUAAUAGUAAGACAUAUACGGAACAUCGUAGACAGGGCUAUGUGGGCGUAUUUGGAACUUAACUGAAACGCGAAUCGUACAUUAUAUGUGUAUAUAUAGUGCGGUCAUUUUUAAUUUUAAAUCAAAACAUUUAUUUCAAAUAAGACUAUUAAAAAGCACUUUUGAAAGUAAACUUAGACCACUGAGCUCACAAACCCAAAACCUCCGAAGCAGAAUAAAAAAAAUAUGAUUUUUUUCUAUAUCUAUCUAUUUUUGAUCGUUUCGUUAAGAGAGAAAUAUUAAAAAGUAUACACUAGAUUUUUUUUAUAUGCGAAACUAACUACGAUAGUUUUGUCAGUGUUAUGUCAAUUUUGACAAUUGACAAUUCAUAAAACUUCGUACAUUAGUUUUCAGUUUAGUUCCAAAACGGGUUUCCUAUACUUGAUAGUAUUAGGAACCGCUUGACCUAUCAAAAAGUUUGUCAAUUGUGAAUUAAUAUAUCUUUAUAUAUAUGUAUAUAUUUACAUUAAGAAAUGCAACGGAGUCCACUAUUUCUAUUCGUAUUUAGAAUUAUGUAUAAUCAUGUACAGAUAAGAAAGAUUUAUUAAAGCAAUUCGUUUAAUAAAGCUAAUUUCUUCAUGUUU